AUGCUCUUCCAUCGCCACCGCCGCAGCCGCUACCACUCUCUCCUCCUCAUCCACCGCAAAUUCCUCUCCACAACUACCUCACAGCCAUUACACCUUCCACUCUCCUUCCCAACCUAUAUGAUAUGGGGCUCUAACACUUCCCUCGGCAAAACCCUAAUUUCCACCGGCCUCGCCUCUUCCUUCCUCCACUCUCCUCGCACCACCAAAAAAACACGCAAAUUUGUCUACCUCAAACCAAUCCAAACUGGUUUCCCUUCCGAUUCCGAUUCCCAUUUUGUCUUUUCUAAACUCUCCUCCCUCGCUUCACACCGCUCCUCUCUGUCUCUCUUUGCCUCCAAUUCCGUCCUCAAUUCCUCCCUCUCCGCUGCCAAUUCCCUCUUUGGCGACGAUUCUAAGACCAAGGGUCGGAAUUCAGGGAUUUAUAAUUUGAAUUUUACUGAGGAGAACAGGUUUGUGAAAGAUGGGGUUAAUGAGGUUUCGGAGUUAGUUUGCGAAACCUUGUAUGCGUGGAAGGAGGCCGUUUCGCCACAUUUGGCGGCAGAGAAAGAGAAUGGAGUGGUGGAGGAUUCUUUAGUUUUGGAGGCUUUAGAGAAGUGUUUGAGAAAAGAAGAGGAUAGAAACGAGGGAACGAACGUUUUUUGCGUGGUUGAGACUGCUGGUGGCGUUGCAAGUCCAGGUCCAUCCGGGACCUUACAGUGUGACUUGUACCGCAGGCCUUUUCGCUUACCUGGUGUUCUUAUGGGAGAUGGGCGGCUAGGUGGUAUUUCUGGAACCAUUACAACUUAUGAGAGUUUAAAACUUCGAGGGUAUGAUAUUGUUGCUGUUGUUUUAGAAGAUCAUGGCCUUGUUAAUGAGGUGGCAUUAUUGUCAUAUUUGCGAAAUAGGGUUCCUGUAAUUGUGCUGCCUCCUGUGCCACUAGAUGUGUCAAAUGACUUGUUGGAAUGGUUUGGUGAUUCUGAUAAAGCAUUUAAUUCUCUGAAGGAAAUAAUGCUAUCAGCUUUUUCAGAAAGAAUUCAGAGAUUGAAUGGCAUGCCAAAAAAGGCAGGAGACAUUUUGUGGUGGCCAUUUACUCAGCACAAACUUGUACCGGAAGAGACUGUUACUGUUAUUGAUUCAAGAUGUGGCGAGAACUUUGCCAUUUACAAGGACCAGGACAAUCAGUUCAUUACUCAACAAUUUGAUGCAUGUGCUAGUUGGUGGACUCAAGGACCUGAUGCUACCAUGCAGACUGAGCUUGCAAGAGAUAUGGGUUAUACUGCUGCAAGAUAUGGUCAUGUAAUGUUUCCAGAGAAUGUUUACGAGCCAGCAUUGGAAUGUGCAGAGCUUUUGCUUGAGGGUGUGGGCAAAGGGUGGGCUUCAAGGACAUACUAUUCAGAUAAUGGAUCCACGGCAAUCGAAAUUGCUCUCAAAAUGGCAUUUCGCAAAUUUUCCUUUGAUAACGGACUCCUCCUGGAUUUUCCCAGAAAUAACAGAACUGACAAAUCUGUCCAACUAAAGGGAAUUGAGCUGGCUUGGAAUCCUCUUGUUAUACAAGGUUCUGGUGGAAUGCUUAUGAUUGAUCCACUUUUCCAAAGGGUGCUUGUCAGUGAGUGCCGAAAUAGAAAUAUUCCAGUUAUAUUUGAUGAAGUUUUCACAGGUUUUUGGCGUCUUGGAACCGAGACUGCAGCAGAACUACUUGGUUGUGUACCUGAUAUAGCCUGCUUUGCAAAGCUGAUGACUGGCGGGGUUGUACCCUUGGCUGCCACAUUGGCCACAGAUGCAGUUUUUGAUUCUUUUCUUGGAGAAUCAAAGACAUCAGGAUCUGAGGCCACUAAUGCUAGUGAUCUAAAUCUCAAAGCCCUUUUGCACGGACACUCGUACUCUGCUCAUGCUAUGGGGUGCUCGGCAGCUGCUAAGUCAAUUAAAUGGUUUAAGGAUCCUCAAACAAAUCAUAAUAUUAUUUCUGGACAAAAAUUGCUUAGGGAGUUAUGGAAUGCGGAACUGGUGCAACAGAUCUCAUCACAUCCUUCUGUUGCAAGAGUGAUAGCAUUGGGCACUCUUUUUGCUCUAGAACUAAGAGCAGAAGGGCAUAAUGUCGGGUAUGCAUCUCUCUAUGGCCGCUCUCUUCUUCAGAAGCUCCGUGAAGAUGGAGUUUACAUGAGGCCUUUGGGUAAUGUCAUAUAUCUCAUGUGUGGGCCAUGCACAUCUCCUGAGAUCUGCACAUCACUACUCAUUAAACUUUACACAAGACUUGAAGAAUUCAACCAAGUUCAAGAACAGCCGUAUAUGGAGAGAACUAAUAGUAUGGCUAGAAGGAAGAGGAGCUUAGAAGGUUGUGGAGCAGACGAGGAGCAGCAGCCUGAGCGUAAAAGACCUGCUUUAGCUAGUGUAAUUGUCGAAGCUCUCAAGUUGGAUAGUCUACAGAAGCUCUGCUCAUCGUUGGAACCGGUUCUUCGUAGAGUUCGUUGUUUGAGUGCUCAGCUAUUUUUGGCUUCUUACUGCUGCAUUGCUAUUUAUGCCAAACAGGUAAGUGAGGAAGUGGAGCGUGCUUUAGCAAAGAUAGGCCCUGCCAGACUGAAUGGAAGGUCUUCCCCAAAGCGAAUUGAAGGCCCAGAUGGAAGGAACUUGCAGUUGCACUUUAGGUCUAGGUUGUCACUGCCCCUUUUCACAGGAGGAAAAGUAGAGGGGGAGCAGGGUGCUGCAAUCCAUAUUGUUUUGGUUGAUGCAAACACUGGACAUGUUGUAACUUCUGGCCAAGAAGCCUUUGUUAAACUAGAUGUUGUGGUUGUUGAAGGUGAUUUCAACAAUGAAGCUGAUGAAGGCUGGAUGCAAGAAGAAUUUGAAAGCCAUGUUGUAAAAGAGCGUGAAGGAAAGAGACCAUUGUUGACUGGAGACUUGCAAGUAACAUUAAAAGAAGGGGUUGGAACUUUGGGAGAUCUCACAUUUACGGAUAACUCAAGUUGGAUAAGGAGCAGGAAGUUCAGGCUUGGCUUGAAGGUUGCUUCUGGGUUUUGUGAAGGCAUACGCAUUCGUGAGGCCAAGACAGAAGCUUUUACUGUUAAAGACCACAGAGGGGAAUUGUACAAGAAACACUAUCCACCUGCACUGAAUGAUGAAGUAUGGAGAUUGGAGAAAAUUGGCAAGGAUGGUUCAUUUCACAAGAGGCUAAAUAAUCAAGGAAUAUUCAUUGUUGAAGACUUCCUUCGUCUUGUGGUCAAAGAUUCUCAGAAAUUACGGAAUAUUCUGGGAAGUGGCAUGUCAAAUAAGAUGUGGGAGGCUCUCUUGGAGCAUGCAAAGACUUGCGUCCUUAGUGGAAAACUAUAUGUAUUUUAUCCUGAAGAUUCAAGAAACGUUGGGGUUGUCUUCAACGACAUCUAUGAGCUGAAUGGCCUUAUUUCAGAGGACCAGUAUUACGCAGCUGAUUCCCUUUCCAAUGAGCAAAAGGUGUAUGUGGAUACAUUGGUGAAGAAAGCAUAUGACAAUUGGAAUCAGGUCAUUGAGUAUGAUGGCAAGUCACUUUUGGACUUCAAGCAAAGUAAAAGGUCAAGUUUAUCCCAAAAUGAACUUCAGAUCAGUCAAAUAGGUUACUCUAAUCCUACAGGCCACCAGAUGCAACUACCACGCUUGCCAGCAUCAGUUCCAACAGAGCAGUCUUCUGUUCAUUCAGCCCUACAAGCAGGAGGGUACAACGAUAAUAUGGGAACAAGGUACUCGAUAGAGUCACAGCUUGUAAAUCCUAAUUCCCACACACAGUUUGACAGCAACUCAUUCACACAACAUGAACAUUUGAUCAGCAAUCCUCAACAAAUCCCAAGCACAAGAAAUGAUAACAGUGUUGUUGGCUUGGCCCUUGGUCCUCCCCAGUCAUCUACCUCAGGGUUUCAAACAAUUGGUUCUUCCAUGCAGCCAACUAAUCUUAAUCCUUUUGAUGAAUGGACCAACAACCGGGAUAAGGGCGCUGAGGAAUUCUUUUCAGAGGAAGAUAUUCGCAUCCGAAGUCAUGAGAUGCUUGAGAAUGAAGAUAUGCAACACUUGCUCCGACUCUUCAGUAUGGGAGGCCAUGCCUCAAUGAAUGUACCUGAAGAUGGUUUUUCAUUCCCGUCUUACAUGGCGUCUCCAAUGCCAAACUAUGAUGAGGAUCGCUCACGUCCAGGUAAAGCUGUUGUGGGAUGGUUGAAGAUCAAGGCAGCAAUGAGGUGGGGGUUCUUUAUUAGGAAGAAAGCUGCUGAGAGGCGAGCACAACUUGUUGAGUUGGAUGAUGAUGAGUAG